GUUACGUUAUGUGUACGAGUGUGUGCCUUUACCUUCGUUUAGAAUAUUUAAAUUUCAUUUGAAUCAGUUUAUAGAUAGUAUAUUAUCAGUUUAAUUAUAGAUAAAUUUCUACCACUGAUUUGGAUAAAUAUAUUCUAGCUCCGUUGUUAAGAGCGACGACAUUUUCUUACAAUAAUGGAGUCUCGGACAGAAUUUAAAAUCAAAUCUCCUCCGACCGAUGCAAUUUCGGCGGUUGAAUUUGGGCCGAAUUCAACGCAAUUUCUUCUUGUCUCUUCAUGGGACAGUACAGUCCGAUUGUAUGAUAUUCAUGCUAACACUAUGAGAUUAAAAUAUAAUCAUGAUUUACCAGUUCUAGACGUUGCAUUUCAGGAUGCUGUUCAUGCUUAUAGUGGAGGUUUGGGAAAUACAUUAAAAAUGUAUGAUAUCAACAGCAAUACUGAAUCAGUGAUGGGAACGCAUGAUAAACCAAUUAGAAAAAUUGAGUAUUGUGCUGCAGUAAAUGCAAUAUUAACUGGUGGUUGGGAUGCAGCAGUAAAACUUUGGGACCCUAGAACACCCACUUGCGUGGGUAGUUAUUUACAACCAGAUGUUGUUCUUGCUUUGUCUGUGUGUGGGGACAAGUUUGUAGUAGGUACAGCUAAACGAAAAGUUUGUAUUUGGGAUUUGAGAAACAUGGCUGGUAUGUUUCAAAGACGUGAAAGUAGUUUGAAGUAUCAGACACGUUGUAUCAAAGGCUUUCCUAAUGAACAAGGAUAUGUUCUUAGCAGUAUAGAGGGCCGUGUUGCUGUUGAAUAUCUUGACACUACACCAGAAGCGCAGAAAAAGAAAUAUGCAUUUAAGUGUCACAGGAUAAAGGAGAAUAAUGUAGAACAUAUAUAUCCAGUGAAUGCUAUUAGUUUUCAUUCAACAUACAAUACAUUUGCAACUGGUGGUUCAGAUGGAUAUGUGAAUAUUUGGGAUGGUUUUAACAAAAAACGUUUAUGCCAAUUUCAUAGAUAUAAUGCUGGUGUUGCUGCCCUUAGUUUUAGUCACGAUGGAUCUGUACUUGCAAUAGGUGUAUCAUAUUUGAAUGAAGCUGAAAUUCCACCAGGUGGUAAAGAUGAAAUUGAAAUUUAUAUUAGAUAUGUAAAUGACCAGGAAACCAAACCAAAAUAAUAUAUUAUUGUAAAAUAAUUUUUCACAAAAGUAAUAGAUUGAAGACUUUUAAAUUGUACCUUGCUUUAUUAAAGCAGUAAGAAUCGAACGUUAAAGCCUUCUCACAGAAAUUGCUCCAUUUGUAAUGUAUAUACCGACAGCGUUGUAUUUUACAUUUUUAUAUCUUAAAUAAGUGACGACUGUUAAUCAUAAAACCGCUACAACGUAAACAACAACCUGUUCAGAAUUA